GUAUGUUAGAAAACAUACACUGCUCCUCUCUGGUUCUUCUCUUCCAAGCUUGUCUUCUGUUUCCACAGAAGUAAUGGUUUUGUGAGAAAAUAAUGGAUUUUAAUAUAUGUGGUUUUUUUCUCUAUAUUGCUAACCUAGCUUCAGUUUCCUCUAGUCUCUGCUUGCCCUCUUCCUUUGUAGGUGUUUUGUAUUUUUUUUUUUCAGUUGAUCAAAGCUGCUGAGUUUAGUUCCAGUUAGGAUUAAAUGAAGUGCUUUUAGGAAAAAAAUUGCUGAUAGUUGUUUUUUUUUUCUGUCAUAGAGGUGGUGUAGUGAGACAGGUAACUCAGGCAAAUAAUCAAUUCCUGCCCUUAAGGUUUAAGGAUAUAAACCAAACAAGGUUAGAGAAGAGAAUGAGAUGCUAAAUCUUGAGUGAGUUGUUGUACACACCUUCAUUCAAAUCCUAGUUGUCAGCAGAUACCUGAAGUUGGGAAUAACAAAAGCAGACUUGGAGAGGAAGAAAGGGUAUUGGGGGACAAAACAAGCUCGGUUGUGAGAUACUGUGAUUGUUCUUUCCUGGGUAGAGUAGGACAAGAAACAGUCAAGGUCAUCAGUAACAAAAUUGUAUAGAAUGGCAGUCACGUGCUACUAAUUGCAGUGUGGAGGCAUUUGAACAGUGACAGGGUCUGUAGUUACAGGUAAUUAAAUGUACCUCUAAACUUCAGACCAGUGACUCUUAGUGUAAAAAACUGCCUGUGUGUGCACACAUCAGAUUAGAUUUGAUUUGAAUGAUUCAAUGGGUUUGAAUCAAAUAAAGUAAUCUAAGUUGCCUGAGUAUUCCAAGUAAUGUUUAUGCUUCUGCACAAGUCAUACUUUGAAAGGUGUUCCAGGAAGAAAUGGGAAUGGUGAUUAGGGUAUGUGGAGUAAGAUAUCAUAAAGCUGUGUAGUUACCACCAAAAUGAUGUUUUACAUCCAUGAGUCAGUUAUUAACAUAUUACUCGGUUUUAUCCCUUCGCUGGAAAGGCUGAGAAUGAUUGUGGCAUGUUUUCAAACUGGCCAUUGUAUGUCAUGGAUGUCAGAAAAGUAACUGUAGUAUUCUCAUUUUUUCCAUUGGCAUUUGUUCAGAGUGCAACAUUUGUUCGAUUUGCAACUAGUGUUCUGUCACAGUCAAAAUAGAAAUGAAAAGACUCAAUUUGGAGUUGAAUGUUAUUUUUACAAGUCACAAGUGUUCUUAUGGUCAAAUUAGUCAGGAUGACAUCUGCUUUGAUUACUUGUCCUGCUGUUUUAAACAUUUAUACUUUCUGAUAAUUCCAUCAUAUUUGCGACUUAGAGAUGAAUGAUGUAAUGUGUUUCAGUAAAUGAUAUGUACUCCAUUUCAGUAGAAGUUACAUUUUUACUAAUUGAAAAGAAUCUUUAUAAUUUUCACAUUUUUAAAGCUAUUUUAGUUCUGAUAUCUAGGGAUGUCAGGUCAGACUUUCUGUACUGUAGAAUACAGGUGUUGGCUUCAUAAUAGAAGAGGAGUAUGAUUAUUAAGUUUUCCCUCCAGAAGGGUGUGCCUCUAACUGCAUGAGCAAAACCUUGUAUGUUCCUGUGUUGCUGAACCCAUAGAUUUGUAUGUAGUUUGGGUGAGUGCAUGCUGACUCAAAAUCCUCAUACUCAGGGGUUUUGUUCUCUUAGUUGACAAGUUUAUUGUUGGCUUAACAAAACCUUCUGCAAAACUAGUGUUACCACAAAAAAAGUGCAGAAACUUUCCCCCCGCCCUGCUAGAUCAGCUGCUUUAUUCUAUUUGACCCAGACUUUUAAAUUUUUCUGGUUUGUAGUAAAUGGCUGAAGUAUACAGUGAGGGUUUAAUGAGGAGCAUGGCAUAGGAAUGGUUGUGCAUUCUGGCAGUUAUGUAGGGUUUGUUCUUUAAGAAGCCAGUAACGUAGUAAUUAAAAGCAAUUUUGAAAUUUAAGCUGUUCUCGAUACAAAACUGUUCCUUGAAUAGAUUAUUUCUUACUUGAACUUCUGUAAGAUGAGCCUUAUUCAGAAUUACUGCUAAUUUUCAGUAUAUUUUUGUGCUAGUAAGUGUUACUAGUAACUUUCUUUUGGAAAGCAUGGGGGAAUUUCCUGGGGACUUGAGAAGGGGGCUGUUUUCCAAAUGGUUAAUUCUGAAGCAGAGGAAAAAACUUUAUUUCUGUCUUCUUAGCUACUUUUAAAUACAGUUGUUAAUGGAGGAAUUUGGAUUGAAACUACUGUUCAUUUUUCAUGUACUGUUCAUACUUUUCAUGUACAGCCUGCACUCUUAGACUAACUCCAAUAAAUGAGGAAGUGGGAACUGAGAACAGUUUCAGGGAGGUGGGAGGGAGCAAACUGUAAUAUCAGUUCGCAGUCAAGAGUUGGAUCAAGCAGAUUCUGAAAUUGUGACUUGGAGUCGUGGAGAAUUCACAGUAUUUCCACAAUGGGAGAAAGGACAGAUUGUAUGAAGUCGCAUAGUUCACUGGCUGAAUACAGCCCCGUCAAUAAAUCAGACAGGACAGAUCGAAGUGACAGCUGUGAAAUGCAGGAUGGAAACCAAAAUACAUUGCAACUGAAGAAAGAAAUAUCUUUGAUAAAUGGGAUAAGCCUUAUAGUAGGCAACAUGAUUGGUUCAGGUAUCUUUGUAUCUCCCAAAGGAGUUCUCAUCUACAGCAAAUCUUAUGGAUUAUCGCUAAUAAUCUGGGCAGUCGGAGGGCUUUUUUCAGUUUUUGGAGCUCUCUGCUAUGCUGAACUUGGAACCACUAUUACAAAGUCAGGAGCCAGCUACGCAUAUAUCUUGGAGUCUUUUGGGAGCUUCAUUGCUUUUAUUCGUUUGUGGACCUCACUCCUAAUUGUUGAGCCAACUAGCCAGGCAAUUAUUGCCAUCACCUUUGCUAACUACAUAGUUCAACCUUUCUUCCCUUCCUGUGAUCCUCCUUAUUUGGCUUGCCGGCUCAUAGCAGCUGCUUGUGAAUGUCUUCUAACAUUUAUAAACUGUGCCUAUGUUAGAUGGGGAACACGGGUGCAGGAUGUAUCUACUUACGCUAAAGUCGCUGCACUUAUUGCCAUCAUCAUAACCGGACUUGUUAAAAUAUGCCAGGGACACUCAUCACACUUUGAGAACUCUUUUGAGGGAUCUUCUUUUGAUAUUGGAGACAUUUCCCUUGCACUCUAUUCUGCCUUGUUUUCCUACUCUGGUUGGGAUACACUCAAUUUUGUAACAGAAGAGAUCAAAAACCCAGAAAGGAACUUGCCACUGGCUAUUGCAGUGUCUAUGCCCAUUGUGACCAUUAUCUAUAUUAUGACCAAUAUAGCUUACUAUACGGUGCUGGAUGUUCAAGCUGUUCUUUCUAGUGAUGCUGUGGCAGUGACAUUUGCUGACAAGGUAUUUGAUUCCUUCAGCUGGACAAUUCCCAUUGCUGUAGCCUUUUCUUGUUUUGGUGGACUUAAUGCUUCAAUUCUAGCAUCAUCCAGGCUAUUUUUUGUAGGAUCUCGAGAAGGUCACCUUCCUGAUCUGUUGUCUAUGAUCCACAUACAGAGGUUCACACCUGUUCCAGCACUGCUCUUCAAUUGUGCUAUGACCCUUAUUUACCUGGCUGUGGAAGAUGUCUUCAAGCUUAUUAAUUACUUUAGUUUCAGUUACUGGUUUUUUGUUGGUCUGUCUAUUGCUGGACAAUUAUAUCUACGUUGGAAGGAACCAGAUCGACCCAGGCCUCUUAAGCUGAGUGUGGCUUUCCCAGUAAUAUUCUGUAUAUGCACAGUAUUCCUGGUGGUAGUGCCCCUCUAUAGUGACACGAUCAAUGCAUUGAUUGGAAUUGCCAUUGCUUUAUCUGGAAUUCCAGUAUUUUUCUUGGGAGUCUAUUUACCUGCAUCAAGGAGACCUCAGUUUAUCAACAAGCUUUUAGGUGUAGUCACACGGAACAUGCAGCUGCUCUGUUACUGCGUUUUAACAGAGAUGGACAAAAAUGAAGAAAAGAAGUUAGAAAUCAAAUCCAACUAAAAAUUCAAAGCCAUUACAAGAAACAGGAGGGAGGAUAAGGCAAUUAUGACAACAAAAGGGAAGAGAUGGAGCUGGAAAAAAUGGGAAAAUUGUUUCCAGUGGUCUCUCAGAAACACUGGAAAUGUCCUUGCAGUUGGACUCUCACAUAAAUCGUGCCCUCACGUCACCCUCCUGAACUGUGGCAUGUUUUCAUUGGAUAAUGAUUACCUACUCAUUUCAGGCACAUAAGCCAUGCAUCAAUACUGUUCCUUCUUCAAAAUUGGUAUUAAAAUGGUAAGAGCUAAUGGAUCAAAUCAGAUUUUUGCGGAACCAGGUGGCGAAGUAAUGCAUUUUUAAUUUAGACUGAAAAACACUUUGACUCAAAAGACCAGAAGUCAUUUCUAGCUUAAUUGUGAUGAAUGUUUGCAUGAAAUUAUUUGCUGUUCUACCCUGGUUCUUAUCCCAGAAGACAGCUGGUCCCAACAAACUACCUAACUUAUCGUUAUUAGCAAAAAAAAAAUAUGAAUAAAGUUGUGCUACAUUAUUUAAAGACUGAACCAACCCUUCUCCCUUGCAGAUAAGUAUUUAUUCUGCACCGAAAUGUGGUAUCUGACCGUGGCAAGGAUUUAAUCAACAAAGCUCCUUUGCAUUGAAGAUCUGAUUAACAUUUGAUGAUUCUUUACUGUUAGCUUGUUCACACUUGGUCAACUUCUGACAGGCUUUCUCAAACUUCCAAAAUUAAAGUGCUCAGUUUGAUGCUUGUA